CCAGAGAGCUGCGUCUGGUGGCAUGGAACAUGUGAGUAGGGCAAUUCUUGAACUGCUUCUCUCCAUCAUCAUCCGUUCGUUCGCGCGCGCCCUUGCUGCAACCUCCCACAAACCUGUCUGGUGAUCAUCUACUCUGCAAAUACGCUCCACUCGUUACUGUCGCUCGUUGAUUACUUUCCGAACCCCCGCCCCGUCCACCACUGCUUCGAACUCCGUCCUGUCACCUCCGGAGAAGAAGAGACUCCGCCGCUUCCCAUACCCACCGCCCGGACGAGAGCUCAUCCAUAUAGUACUUUCAAGGAGUGGGUCUCCGUCUACGCCUUGAAUGCCUUUGUACCGACCCCUGACCUGACUUUCGGGAACAACUUAGACUCCCACCUCCAGACGCCCAGAAAACCCUACUCGUCAAGUCAGCUACGAGCAUAUCGUUGCUGUGAUACCGGCUUCCAAAACUACAUUCCGGACUUUCGGUUCGGGUUUACGGCGGGCGCGAUGGGUGCGAUGGUAGAGGAGUCGUGUCAGAUCACGACGGGAUGGUCGUUAAUACGACCUCGGGACGAUGCGCUCGAUAAUUUUCUGAGCAUGCUGCAAUCGCCGUUCCAGCAACAAUUCACGACUCAUGCCUUCUUAGCAUCGCUGGGAUCGUCCCUUGGAAUAUCGAUGCUGGUGCUAGCAGCCUUCUGUCUACUACGGCCUUACAACUCACUAGUGUACGCACCGAAACUACGAUACGCAGAUGAAAAGCGCGCUCCGCCGGUGAUCGGCAAAGGAUAUUUCUCGUGGACGCAGCCGCUGAUUAAAUGUCACGAGGCGGAUUUGGUGGAUAAGAUCGGCAUGGAUGCGACUAUUUUCCUAAGGUUUAUGAGACUUUGCAGGACACUCUUUUUCUACCUGGGUGUAUUGGGAUGCGUUGUUAUGAUUCCGGUAAACGUUAGUUGUAACCUCAAGAGUGCACACUUCCAAUCUAUUGAUUGGAACAUGGAGCAGAGCUGGUAUGUCCUCAUGAGUCCCACAUUCACGUGGGGAAGGUGUAUGUGGGCGCAUGUAGUCAUCUCAUACGUAUUCACUCUGAUCAUUUGCUGGGUGCUGUGGCAAAAUUACCGAGAAGUGGUCACCCUCAAGAGGACUUACUUCGAAAGCCAGGAGUAUACGGAAUCUCUGCAUUCUAGAACGCUGAUGAUCUGGCAUCUUCCGAGCUCCUACCGCUCUGAUGCUGGUCUCAACAAACUCGUCACGAGCCUCCCUGUACCAACCGAGGGCACGGAGAAGUACUCAAUUGGAAGGAAUGUCAAAGAGCUGCCAUCGUUGAUGGAAGAGCAUGAAUAUGCCGUCAGGAAACUGGAGAAAGUACUUUCCAAGUACCUGAAGAAUCCCAACAGUCUUCCCCCAGUCAGACCAAUGUGCAAGCCAGACAAGCACGACAAAUCAAUGGACAAAAACGCACAGGUGGAUGCCAUCGAAUACUACAAGCACAGGAUCGAAACGUUAGAAAGGCAGAUUGCGAUAGCACGAGGAGGUGUAGAUAAGAGAGACGCCACAUCGUACGGCUUUGUGAGCUAUCCCUCGAUUGCCCGCGCCCACAUCACAGCCAAGGCCGUUAGAGGAAAGCAUCCCAAAGGAACGUCAGUCCAGCUGGCAACGAAGCCGCAAGACAUAAUCUGGGACAACCUGACUAGAUCGAAGGGAAAGCGAAGAUGGAACGGAUUUAUCGGCAAUGUCCUGUUUUUUCUCCUCUCGGUUCUCUUCGUAAUCCCCAACGUACUCAUUGCCGUAUUUCUGUCCAAUCUCAACAACAUCGCCCGGGUCUGGCCGAGCUUCAGCUUCUACCUGAUCCGAGAUGCGGAGUUUUACGCAGUUGUUCAGGGCUUUCUCGCACCGACCGUCACAUCGAUCAUCUAUUUGCUGCUUCCGAUAGCUAUGAGAAGAUUAUGUGCGUGGCAAGGGGACAUCACGAAAUCCUCGCGAGAGAAGCAUGUUACACACAAGCUUUAUGUUUUCUUCAUCAUCAACAACUUCAUAAUGUUCACGUUGUUUGGUACAUUGUGGUCCACCGUCAAGCAGUUCAUCAAUAACGCACAAACCAGCGGCGUUGACUGGGACUCCAUCAAAGAGCUACAUUUCGGAGAUCGGACCGCCAUUGCAAUCUUUGACAUCUCCGUCUUCUGGAUCACCUAUUUGUUGCAGAGGAACCUAGGAGCGUUGCUCGACCUGGCGCAAUUAUUCUCGCUGAUCGGAAAGAGUUUUACCAUACGUUUCUUGUCUCCCACGCCAAGGCAGAAGAUCGAAUGGUCGGCUCCUCCGUCGUUCGAUUACGCCACCUUCUACAACUACUUCCUAUUCUAUGUCACAAUUGCCCUUUGUUUCGCCACUAUUCAGCCACUGGUGCUCCCGGUUGCAUUCUUUUACUUCCUCGUCGACAGUUUCCUCAAGAAGUACUCCUUGAUGUACAUCUUUGUGACCAAGGUUGAGAGCGGCGGAACAUUCUGGAGGUUCAUUUUCAACCGGCUCCUGUUCGCGACUGCAUUUUUCAACUGUACGGUUGCCCUUGUCGUCUGGUCGAGAUACGACGGACAAACGGCUUCAUCUGUUCUUCCGAACCUACUCAUCCUGAUCUUCUUCAAGCUAUAUUGCCACCGCACCUUCGAUGCCGACACCCGGUUCUACACCCGGACUUCUGGGCGUGAGAGUAUCCUCGCCUCCGGCAUUGUCAACCGCAAGGACAGGCUUGAUAUGAGAUACAGUCACCCCGCGAUCCACAGGAAACUUAUGCGGCCGAUGGUCCAUGGUAAUGCGGAACCCUUGAUGGCCCAGAUCUUCGGACAUCAAGCGCCCGAGCAAGGAGACAGCCGCGGAGGAAUUGGAUUGCAGCCGAUGGAACACGGCGUUAUCGGAAAGAAGGCUCCGACAGCGGGAUUCGAGAUUGUCCAAGAGGAGGAUAUGGAUUUCGCUAAUUUCAAGGAUCGCGCAGAGUUCGGCGAAGAACACGGAGGCGGUGUGCUAUAUGGAAAUGAGAACAUGGCGGGAAUGAUGACGCCCCCGCCAGGCUUUGGCUCUCCGGCGUCGUCUCGUCCGGGUUCUCCGGUGCUGGGUGCUACCGGUCCCCUGGGAUACAGAGGCGCCGAGUACUUCCCCGUGACGGGGCCGCCGCCAAUGCGAUCCCCGAGGCUGUCAGGAGGGUUUUACCCGGCAGGAAAUUUCUCACAACAGAGUAUUCACCGACCAGAGAGUCCGUAUGACUGGUCGCACACCGAUGGACGGAGCGAGGCUGGGAGCGUGACGCAUCUCUUGCACCAGCAGGGACCGUAUAGUCAUCACCACCAUCACCAGAAUCUCACAGAUCACCGCGAGGAUCACGAGUACAGGGGGGUUCAGAGGUAGAUAUUAUGCAGAUAUUGUAGGUAGCUUCAGAUUUGGGUAUUGAUUGAACAUCUUUGUCUUGUCUUGUCUUGUAUGGCUUGAGGGGCACGCGGAGUUUGGGGUUUCUAUUAUUUUGUAUUUUGUAGAACUACAUUUUUUUCUUUCUUCCCCGGCUGAGAUUUUGGGUCGGUUCUGUGUACAGAAAACUUGGGAAUGGGGGCUUUCGGUUUGACUGUACGAUACGAGUAAGAUUUAUACCUAUGGUACUGGGUGAUGCUUAUGUGAACGCGAGAUGAUAUGGAUGAGAAUCUUUAUAAAUUAC